UUUAACGCAAGUUCUAGUCGGCAUGUAAACAAUGAUGCACACCAGCGAAAUGUACUGUACAGCAAGAUGUAUCUUUGUAGCUAGUGUGUCAAUAUAAGUCUUUCUUUAACACAAUCUAAAGCCAGACUUAGUCAUAUUUAUUUUAACAGCAGCCAUGAAACUGUUCCAGGCGCUCCGUAAUGUCGGCAACUUCAGGACCGUUUUCGACUUUGGUGAACGGGAAGUGGCUCAUUGGUUCCCCGGACACAUGGCUAAAGGACUUAAGCAGAUGAGAGCCAGCCUCAAAAAUGUGGACUGCAUCGUAGAGAUCCAUGAUGCCAGAAUCCCUCUCUCUGGAAGAAACCCUGUGUUUCAGGAGACUUUAGAUGUCAGACCGCACCUGCUAAUUCUCAACAAGAUGGACCUCGCUGAUCAGUCCAACAAGCAGAGAAUCCUGAAGAAUCUGGAAAAAGCCGGGGUGAGGAAUGUUCUCUUCACAAACUGUUUAAAGCAGAGAGACGACACCAUCAAAAAGGUGGUGCCGACAGUGGUGGAAAUAAUCAAGAGCAAACCACGCUUUAACAGAGACGAGAAUACAAAUUAUUGCCUGAUGGUGAUCGGGGUGCCUAACGUGGGAAAGUCAUCUCUUAUUAACUCACUGAGAAGAACAAACUUGAAAAAAGGUCGCGCAUCUCGAGUAGGUGGAGAGCCAGGUGUAACUAAAGCAGUCCUAACUAAAAUUCAGGUGUGUGAGCGACCCAUAAUUCACCUGUUGGACACACCGGGAGUCCUGCCUCCUAAGAUUGAGAGUGUUGAAACCGGCAUGAAACUCGCUUUAUGUGGAACUAUUCUGGAUCAUUUAGUGGGUGAAGACAUUAUUGCAGACUACUUACUCUAUUCUCUGAACAGGCUAGGGAAUUUCAGUUAUGUGGAGAGAUACAACCUCCAAGAGCCGAGCGAUAACAUCCAGCAUGUUCUCAAACGCAUCACUGUAAAACUUGGAAAGACGCAGCGGGUCAAAGCCAUAACUGGAGUGGGAAACAUCACCGUCAUUGUCCCAAACUACACAGCUGCAGCUUAUGAUUUCAUAAGAGCCUUCAGAAAAGGAGAGCUGGGACAAGUAAUGCUGGACUGACCUGAGACAUUUUAAUUGGGACAACCAGAGACAGAGUUUCUGGGUUUUACCAGUUUGCCCUCCAACUGGGAGGAUUUAUAUUUUACCUCUAAAGCAUCAACGAGGAAAGUCCAUCUCUGACCUUGUGCCUUUGACAUUUUGGGGACAUAAUAUCUGUUUGUGGAUGAUGUAACGAAGCACUGUAUCCUUUGCAAAUUAAAGAAUUUAACUGGAUGCAGGUACACUUUUUUUUUUCUCAGCGUAGCUUUUAGAAUACAUGAGGCAGAUAUCUGACAUGGUGUAAACAGGAUAUUUAUUAGCAUAAAGACAGUGAUAAACUAUUUAUUUAUAUUCAUACAUAAGCGUUGUAUCAUAUAAUAUAGUGCACUUAUUGAAAUGGAACAGUCUGUUGUUCCUGAGUGUUUACUGCAGGUUAAAAGCUCUUCUGGGACGAUGGACAGACCAUCAAAGACAUGAAUAACAGUGAGAGCAGCAGUUGGUUUCGUCUCUCCCAGCCAUGAUGUGGUUCGUUCACAGGUCUGAGAAAUUAUUCAGCUUCAUUUCAGGUGUUAUAAAAAGGUACACAUUGCACAUAAAUUAAAUAUGAUUGUGGAAAAUGCAGUUUAGGUUUUCUAACACACAAUACUCUCACUUGCCUGUAGAGGAUCAUUGUUAUGGCCACACCAGUGACUACAACUAAGGUUGAAAAGGACAGAGGGUGUCACUGUACACACUGUAAAAUCUGCUGAGGCAAAUUUGUGAUUGGUGAUAUUUGGCUGUAUAAAUAAUUAUUUGACUCUUCAAAUCCAGUAUCGAAAUGAAUCACUACUUCAACAUGAUAAAAAUGUAUAUAGUUGCCCUUAUGGCACAAAUUAUACCAUUUUACAAAAUAACUUAACUCACCUAAACUGGUUUUAAUGAUGAAAAUUCAAAAUCAACUUAACCCACAUAAGAUUUAAAUGUUUUUCUUGGCUAAAUAUUAAACAUAUAGUCAACUUUGGGAGCUGUCAUAUCAUAAUCUUCUUGAAAAACAAAGUUAAAAAGGAUUGUCUGAUUACAUACCUAUUUUUCAUAUCAAAGUUGGAGACCCUAUUUUCUUUUAUAUUACUGCCUUUUAGUUAAAUUGAGAAAAAGUGCCAUGUGGCUACACCAUGCAAAAGAGGGUUACGUUUUUUAGAAAGAAACGUCCCUUUGGUUGGGGUUACAAAUUGCAAAUGUAUUUUCUAAAAAUAAAAAGUGCUCAGUGCUUUGACUCUAUUAAUUAUAGAGAACUUUAUGGAAUGACUUCAGUAAUUAUACACAAACUCCAGCAGUCUUUUAAUACAUACUGUACGAAUAAUUCACCUCAGUUUUACUGAGUGGUGAUGCUGGUCAUUCAUUUUGCACUUUUUUGUGCAUAUUAUGAAAAUAAAGAUUUAACAUACAAUUGAGUUUGGCAGUA